GUUGAGCAUCCCUCAUUUCGCUAGCUUUAGACGCCUGUUUUGUUUUCUGUCAGAGUUCGAAUGCUUGCGGGCGUUGGUUAAUGGACUUAAUAGCUAUUAGCUAUGGUUCAUAGGUGAUUCCAAAAGACCCAUUAGUAGCUGCAGGAUUUACAGAGAGAAUCAAGAAAGAAUCAGAAGUACAAAUUGGGAUGGCUCUCGUUGUGAACUAUGUUCUCGAAGACCCAUCAGCUGUUUCGGAAUGUGCCAACAAGAUUAAGGAAGAGCCGAAAGAAAGGGGUGAACAGGAUAGAGCAGAGGAUGCUGUUCUCGGAGACCCAUCAGCUGUUUUGGAAUGUGCCAGCAAGAUUAAGGAAGAGCUGAAAGAAAAGGGUGAACAGGAUAGAGCAGAGGCUACUGUUGCUCCAUUUGCUGAGGAUUUUGUUCUUGAGCAGGAUCCUCUCAACAUUAAGAAAGAGGAGGAUUUGGAGGAUACAUCAUUAUCAAAUUUGGAAAUUACAAACAACACUAAACAAGAAGCAAAAGUAACAUUUGAUGGGGAUGGAGCUGAGAAUUGUAAUUUGCAGGAUACAUUUUCAAUUUUGGAGUCCACGAACAACGUUAAACAAGAAGCAGAAAUAACAAUUGACGAUAAUGGAGUUGAGGAUUAUGUUCAUGAAGACCUGCUACCUGUUUCGGAAUGGACUAACAACAUUAAAAACGAGCCAGAAUUAACAAUCGACAAGGAUGAAAUGGAGAAUAAUGAUUUUGGUCAACCGUCAUCUUCGGAAUGGACUUAUAACGUUAAAAACGAGACAGAAGCAGCACUUGAAGUGGAUCGUCAUGAGAAUACUGACAUGGUCUCAACAGAAUAUGCAUCAAAUACUACAUGGUCCAGCCAGAUUAUGGAAAAAUUCCCCAGCACUUCACGAGGAAAUGUUCUUCAAAAACUGAUACACGGCAGUAAUGGGAUCUUUCUCAGCAAGCAGCAUUCUGUUAACAGAGCAAAUGGUGCAAUUCGUAACUUGCAUAACAACCGCACUUGUGCAGACACACCUACAUGUCAACAGCUGAAGUGGUGUAGUCAGUUACACCACUGUGCUUGCUACCGUUCUGAGUCACCGCAAUUCGCUGUGGAUAUUCCAACGUGUGGCUGUUCCGGUUAUAGAAGUUUACUUGUUUAAUUACUUGAGUUGUGAUCAGUGUGAUUCACCAUAAGUUAUAGUAAUAAAGACACUAUCAGGGAACCAAUUAUUUGGAAUGAUAAUGGCUCCAGCAAUGAAUUCUUUUCCAUCACAUUCAGAGUUAUCCAGCGUGGGUCAGUUGUGUUUAUUUUCUCACUGUGUUAUUAUUUUACAUCAAAAUUUAUAGUUUCUUGUGUUUGGAUGCUUUUACCAAUAUGACAUACAAUAUAUGACAUUAUAGCAACAAAUAAAUUAAGACAUUACAGUAACAUGAUUGUUACAAAUUUACUGUAGAGCUUUUAACAAUGAGUUCAACAUGCAUUUUCAUGCACCUCACAAGGACAUUUGCUUACAUUGUGAUGCAUUUGCUGGUAGACUUAAGGACUCAACAGGUGAGCAAGAAAAGGUAUGGCUUCAACAAGCCCACAAAUUAGAUCUGUGUGUGUAAGAAUGAAAAAGCUCAGCACCCCAUCAAGUAGCUUAUUACAAAUGGAAUUUGUGUGUUCACAUCAAAAUAAGGGCACCGCCUGCAAAACGUGCUUUGUACCGUGAUACUUGUACAAGGAAGAACAGGAAUUGGAAAAUAGUCAAAACAUUAAUGACACUAGUUUUAAGUGAUAAAAAUAACAUCGUAGUCAUAGACCGAGAAGUUAACAAGUGGUCAUUCCUAUCUUCCCUACGAAGGUGAUUUUGCCUCAAUAGAAAACUACAGCAAAACAACAGAUAUUUUGUCCCAAUAACUGGUACAAUAUUAUUGCCAGGUGAAGGAAAAAAAAUCCCUUUCAAGUCACUGUAAUGACACUGACUUCUUGUCUGUGGAAAACUUGUUGAAGUCAAUCACCAAAAGGAAGAAUGACACUAAACAACAUCCUCUCUCUCAUGGCUAAAGAUGCAGUGGAUUCGGUACCAAAAGUGUAAUCCAUUCACACUCGUCUUCAAGGGAACUCUUCCAGCAAAGUGGAAUUUCACAAGCUGGACUUCAAGCCAAGCUAAGGAAACAACCACGCUCAAUUACCCUGUCUAACAUACCUCAAGGAAAACUGUACACAGGACCAUGGGCUGUUACAAAAGAGAAGAAAGCGGACAUGGACGAACUACUGCCCUUCAUUCCACUUGUUCAUAACCACUACUUUCAGAAUCUUCUUUCUUCUGACAAUGCUGAAGCCAAUGGCCCACUGAAUGGAAAUGAUAGUAGUGACGAUGAGCAACAAAGAUUAUGUAAAUACAGUGUUGUUGACUGGCAUGUAUAUUUUGAUACCAAAUAAAAUCUUUCACCUGUUUACAUCAUUAGUGGUGUAACUUCAUUUAGGCCUUUGUACCAUGUUUAUAAUUUUAUAAAAGUUACUGAAAUUGUUAUGCUGACUUAAAAGGCCUAGCCUGGCAACAUACAUGAUAAAGUACUGUUUAAUUUUCUAUAACAAUCCUAUUAAGGCAAUAAAUACUCAGAAACCAGAAUAAUGUGAGUUACAUCAAUUGUGCUGUAAGCGGCUCAUACAUAUUUUUAAGUUUGUUUCUUAGCUUGACCAACACACAACCAGACUACCACUUUCCAACCUAACCUAGGCCUCGAGCUACAUCACCGAUCCGUCUGUAACCACAAGAGAGAUUUAGUAAUUCUAAGAAAAAUCACUGACCGCGACUUCUGCGCACCUAGUAAGUGGAAAGUACUCUGUAUAUCACAAAGACUUCAAUAUGAGGCGAAUGACACAGAAGCACUGUCCACACACUCUUAGUCUGCAAUAUUGAUGUCAGGUUAUUAAGAAACUCAUCAAAGUGAUAGCCACGGAUAAAGUAUUCAAAAGAUAAAUUUGAAGAAAAAAUGAACAGAGGUGUUCUUAAUUUCCUCAGUUAAUAGCAUCCGAGGUGGUGGUCUUAGUGUUACUGAUGUGGUCUCCAGACCAAAAACUGGCUGUCCUUGCUAGUCUAGUCUGUGCAAGCCUUUCCACCACUGCAUAACUACUGCAUCCUAUAGCCACUCACACAUGCACAAUGUAGUCAGAAAUUGGUCUGCCUCUACAGCUUUUAGCAUCACACUUCCUUCUCUUACCUAAUCAGCUUCAUUUCUCAGAAUGUGUACUGCACAGAUAUCACCUAGCUUUUAUGAAGUGAUUAAAACACAUUGGAAUGCAACAGUGUACACAUACGACAAGAGCAACAAGUGAACACUUUGUUACAUUUAUAGUGUAGUCACACAGCAGUAGUGAAAUACCAAAAGGUGAAGUGAGCUCGUUAUUCCGAUGUUUGGGUAAAGAUAUAAAAAGAAACUAAUAAGUUCUCAUGGUGAUAUGAUGGCCCUUGUAAGAUAGGAGGUACUACUGUCUCAAACCUGUCUUUCUCGUGGAUCCCUCUACAUGCUAAGAAAAAGGUUUGUACAACACAGCAUUAAUAGAGCGAAAUGUACCUUAUGACUAAAUGACUAUGUGUAUCUAUCUCUUAAUUUUAGCCUUUAUUAAAACUACCUUAGACUAUAAUUUAAAA